UCUUGUUCAUAAAAACCAAAUCCACCUUCCAUAUUAGUCAUUAAAUAUCACUUCAUUAAUAAAACCAUCAUAUGCAAAGUACGUAAUCAACCUGCUAUAUUCUUCCCUCCUAAUCUAGGGGUUUACAUACCCUGUCCUGUCCUCUAUCAAUCAUUCUUCCAAAUGUUAUACAACCUGUAUUUUUUUCAUUUUAUUAUAUUAUAUUUCUAAUUAAAUCCAGGUGCUAUUCUUUUAAACCCUGCUCUCGACAUAGUAGAAUAUCAAAUCAAUGCCCAUAUCUAGAUUGUUGGUUUUAUAUUAGCUGUUUGAGCAAAACUAUAAAGUUCACAUUUUUAUUCAUACCCAUUAAAUUCCAUCAAUUACCCAUUUCGUAUAAUUUAUAGUUUUCCUUAGAUUUGUUGUUAUUUGAUCGUUUAGAUGUCAUUUUAGGGGUUUUCUUGGGGAAAAAAAAAGGAGUUUGUUAAUAAAGAGGAAAAAAGAAUGUCAGUUGUUUGUUUAUGUCCAAUUCUUGAAUGUGUAUAUUGUCUGGGAUGUGCUCGUUGGGCAUGGAAGAAAUGUCUAUAUACUGCGGGUCGAGAAAGUGAGAAUUGGGGUUUUGCCACUGCGAGUGAGUUUGAACCCGUGCCACGAAUGUGUAGAUAUAUUAUGUCUGUUUAUGAGUUUGAUAUUCGUAACCCUAUCUGGGCUCCUCCAGAAGGAUAUGGGAUUGACCCUGAUCAAGUUGUUUUAAAGAAGGAUUAUGAUGAAAAUCAAGGGAAGGUUUCUCCUUACAUGAUUUAUAUCGAUAAAGAUAAUCAAGAAAUACUUUUGCUGAUUAGUGGACUUAAUUUAGCAAAAGAAAGUGAUUAUUUGCUCUUACUUGAUGACAAAUUAGGACAGACAAAGUUUGAUGGAGGUUAUGUUCAUAACGGGUUAUUGAAAGCUGCUCAGUGGGUGUUUGAAAAUGAAUGUGAAGUUUUGAAAGAAUUGGUUGAAAAAUAUGAGGAUUAUACGUUGACCUUUGCUGGGCAUUCGUUAGGGGCAGGGGUGGUCACUCUGUUGACAAUGUUGGUGGUCAAAAACCGCGAAAGGAUUGGGAAUAUUGAUAGGAAAAGGAUUAAGUGUUUCGCCAUUGCUCCUGCUAGGUGUGUGUCACUAAAUUUGGCAGUGAGAUAUGCUGAUGUUAUCAAUUCUGUCGUUCUUCAGGAUGAUUUCAUGCCCCGGACAAGUGUAGCAUUGGAAGUACUAAUGAAGUCACUUUUCUGUUUCCCUUGCAUACUAUGUGGCACUUGCUUAAAGGAAACAUUUACACUACAGGGGCGAAUGCUUCAAGACCCAAGGCGUUUAUAUGCACCUGGACGCCUUUAUCAUGUUAUUGUGAGGAAGCCAUUCGGGGUUGGAAGAAUUUCCCCUGUUGUGAAGACAGCAGUACCCGUGGAUGGAAGAUUUGAGCAUAUGGUUAUCUCAUGCCAUGUUCUUAGUGAUCAUUCGAUUGCUCUCAUGGAACAGGAGUUUUCAAAUGCACUUUGUACAUUGAAGGAGAAAGAUCAAGUUAUGGAUAUCCCGCCUCAACAAAGAAUGGAAAGAAGUUUAUCACUAGCCAAUGAGCAUUCUGAGGAACACAAGGCAGCAUUAGCGAGGGCGGUUGUACUAGAAGUUCCGGAAGCUUACUCACCCAGUGAGUAUGGAACCUUUCAGAAUGCUCAACGUGAAGAUGACUUGGACAAUUCGCUGAUAGAAACUCUUGGCUCUUCAAGGAGGAGAGAAAGCUGGGACGAGUUGGCUGUUCGGCUUUUUGAGACUGAUGAGUCUGGUAAAAUGGUGUUGAAGACCAACUGGUACUGAAGAAAGCAUGUGGUGGCCCAUGUAAAGCGUCACAUCUACAUACUUAGAAGGAUUAUGUACUUUUUGACAUUCACCAUUCUUUUAGUUCAUGCAUUUGUACAGUUUAUUGAAUUAGCCUCGGUUACUUUGUUACUUUUUCAAUAGUCUGCUCCAGGAGUCCCUAUUGUGGGUUCCAUUGGUUCAUUUCAUUAUACAAAUUACUAGUGCAAUAAAUGAAAGUUAGUACAGUAAUAUACUUUGUAAAAGGUUUUGUAAUGGAGAUAUUUAGGCCUAUUUGGUUAAUAUGA